GGACCCCAUGACGAUUUGUAUCCAUUUUGGGCGGCGCGAACAGGGACGUGAACCCGACCAGAUUCGUGGGCGCGCUCCAUCCGGUUGCAUAUAUUAACCCCGCCUUCUCCGUUUGAUUCUGUGCCGCGCUGAUCUGGAGCUAGCGUGAUCAGAACCUCUUCAAAUUGAACUGGCCAAUAUCGAUCUUCUCCGUUUGAAAUGGCGGCGUCUUGGAACUCAACCCCCAUGGAGGUUCUGUACAACGUUUUGGGCUGGGUUGCGUUUGUUUCGUGGUCCAUCAGUUUCUAUCCUCAGGUCAUCUUGAAUUUCCGCCGGAAAAGUGUGGUAGGGUUAAAUUUCGACUUCGUGUUGUUGAAUUUGACGAAGCACUCAUCGUAUCUCAUCUAUAACGCCUCAGUCUUCUUCAGCUCUACUGUUCAGAAGCAGUAUCAUCGCAAGUACGGCUUUGAUGAGAUGAUACCUGUAGCCGUUAAUGAUGUUGCUUUCUCUGUACAUGCUGUUCUUUUGACAGCAAUAACCUUGUUUCAGAUUGCGAUCUAUGAUCGCGGAAACCAAAAGGUAUCAAAACUUUGCAUUGCUAUUCUCUCAGUUGUAUGGUUGACCAUUGCAAUUUGUGUGUUCAUAGCUAUACCCAAACACAAUUGGCUUUGGCUGGUGUCCUGCUUCAGCACCAUGCAGGUUGUCAUGACAGUCAUCAAAUACAUUCCCCAGGCAGUAUUGAAUUUUCGGAGAAAAAGCACUUCUGGAUGGAGUAUUGGCAAUAUUUUGCUUGAUUUACUAGGUGGGCUUACAAACUAUGGCCAGAUGGUUGUACAGUCUAUAGAUCAAAAUUCAUGGGUGAAUUUCUAUGGAAACAUCGGAAAGACUUUAUUGUCCCUGGUAUCUAUAUUCUUUGACAUCCUGUUCAUGGUGCAACAUUAUGUUCUUUAUCCUUCCAAAAAGGCAGUUACUUCUGAUGAUGCUGGUGUGGUAAGCACAACGCCAUUAACAUCUUCUGAUCGUCUACAUGCAGAUGAUGUGUAAUGCUCAAGUUGAUGGAUGUAUAAUCUUUUACUCUUAUUUGUUAAGAUUGCCGAUUUACGUACUGAUGAUAUUCAAUGAAAAAUAACUCAAAGUCUAUAUAUUCUGGGUGAGAAAGGUAGGGGUGUAGCCGUGUAGUAGAUAUGAGUUCUGUUCCAAUACACGGUCUGAGAUCCGCCUUUUGUGUUCUGAUAAACCCCUUACAAAUCUCAGGGAGUCUUUUUUCCAGGUUUAGCGGACACCUGCUAUCAAGAAUCGGAAGCGCCAAAUGUUUGGAGAAUAAAAUAAAAUGCAAGAAACUUGUAUUUCAUUAACUUGUCAACAAGUUACAAUCACCCAAAGUGGUGUUUACAUACACAGAUACACUCUAGCAGCUGGCUAAUAGGUUCCCGAUUUAAAUUGUGAAAGCGUACGAUUUUACUUUAACACUGAAGGGUUAGCACAGAUUGUAUCAUGUUUAUGAGUAAAUAAAUAAAAUGAUAUAUAGUAAGUUUAUUAUUAAUUAACUUAAUUAUCAACAGAAAUUAUCAAAACU